AUGCUCAAGCUAAAUCCAUGCCGCACAAGUCGCUGUGAAAAUGGAGCAACCUGUAAGCCGACAGCAAAUUACAAGAAUUAUACAUGCAUAUGUGCACAAGGCUUCAACGGAUUUUACUGCGAUACUGACAUAGAUGAAUGCUCGACUGAUGGCAAUUCGUGUCUAAAUGGUGGCAUCUGUACCAACACUUUUGGCUCAUAUCAGUGUCGUUGCCCGGAUGGAUACACCGGUAGAAACUGUGAAAAUGAUCACGAUGACUGCUUGCCAAGUAAAGGCUUCAGAAUUUCCUGUUUAAAUUUCCCCGGAAGUUGGAGAAAAGCGAAUAAAGGGACAAAAACGGGUUCCUUGUACCCGACAAAUUUGGGAAUUGUAAGAGCAAGAGAUAUCUAG